AUGAAAGCUGACAACAGCAACUCGAAAGUCGGCACCUAUCAAUCCCUCACCUUCCAUCUGACGACGCACCGGCUACUCCUCGUGCCGUCCGCCGAUUCGCCCAAUGCCUCGCCGCUUCAAGCGCCGCUAUCCUCUGUCCGACAGACCGAGUUCUACACCGGAUUCAUGCGCUCCUCGCCCAAGAUCACACUGUACCUUGGCCGAGGACCAGUUGCGAAGUCGGCAUCUGCGAUUCCAGAGCUGGAGCCGGAGACAGGGAGGGAAUCGCCAGCAGAAGUGGGUAGCUGGACGUGCGGCGUGUGCGGAUUCGCAAACCCGCUACCUGCUGGCGUAACCCUCGGGCUGGAGAGCAAAUGUGCUCUGUGCGGAGUAGGCUGGAGUGUGGGGCGAACUCUCACGCCAUCGGGCUCGAAGGCUGGUAGUGAAGCUGCGAGUCGGACCGGGACGCCGGCUCCGAGCUCCAUCGCGCCCACACCUGCGAGGGCAGGAACACCAGCGUCAUCAGCGGGAACAGGGACACCAGCAGCAGCACCGAAAGAGGAGAAGGGGAAGCAAGUCGCCUGUCCGGCGUGUACAUUCCUGAACCACCCGAGUAUGUCGCAAUGCGAGAUCUGCGGGACGCCGCUUCGAAAACGGACAACGUCAACGACCAACGGGGCAGCCGAAGGAGGAGACUCGAUGGAGAAGCACGAUGUCGUCCGGUUGUCGUUCCGGAAAGGCGGCGCUGCGGACGCGUACAAGCGCCUCAAGGGUGUUCUGGGGGAUAAAGCGUGGGAACGCGCCCCGCUGUCAACAGUGACGAAAGACGGCGACAAGUCCGGCGCUGGAAUUGACGCGAUCAUGCGCAACAUCACACUCUCAGCGCGACAGGCUGACGGGCAUGUUCAGUCUGCCUUCCGCGACCUCGAGGUCAUGAUGGUGCGCGCAGGCGAGAUGGUCCAACUUGCGCAAUCCCUCGAAGCGAAGCUCGCCGCGGCAGGGCACGGAACAGAAGAAGAGGAGACGCUCGUCCGCUCCUCGCUCGUCAAGAUGGGACUGCCCGCGCCGGCACUCACGAGCGACAUGGUCAAGGACGAGCGGGCGUACCUCGAUGGUCUGGCCAAGGAGCUCGGCGCGCUGCUGACCGGAGGCGGAGCGAAGGGCAAGGCUGGCCUGAUGCUUGAGCCAGGGCACGGUGUGCUCGCGCUUGACACGGUGUGGGGAGUCUGGAUGCGUGUCCGUGGCCUGGCCCUCCUACCUCCCUCAACUCUGACGCUGCUAUUGGAUCUGCUGCCGCACCACACCCGCCCGACGAUACGCAAGAUGCAGCUCCCCUCCGGGCUGCUGGUGCUGUAUGCGCCAAAUUACGAUCCGGAGGCGUGGCGACGGCGCCUCAUCCAUCGACUGCGUGAGGAGCCCCCAUCUCCAUCUCCCGAAGAAAUAGAGGCCGUGGAGGAAGUAGAGAUGAUCAAGGGCCUGAGUCCGCUCGAGAUCUGCGCGGUGGAAGGAGUUCCCUUGGGCUUGGGCGAGGAGUUGACAGAACUCGCGGCAAGAAAGGGGGGCAUCGUGAGGGACGAUCAGGCGAGGGGCGGACGGUGGUAUGCCGAUCUCAUAUCCGAGUGGCCACUGGGCCAGAUAACGUGA